GCUUUCUUUUUCGUGCUCCUCAAGUCGCCACAGAGUACGCUAUUUUUUUCGUCAUAGGAGAGCGCGCACACACACAACGCAGAGAGACGAGGGGGAAGAAGAAAGCAAAACGGAUCAAAGAGAUGGAGUGUGUUUUCGGACUGGUUGGUAACGGUUUCGCUCUGGUGGUGGCCGAUACUUCCGCGGUACACAGCAUUUUGGUUCAUAAAUCGAACGAAGACAAGAUUAUGAUCCUUGACUCCCACAAGCUUCUGGGCGCUAGCGGUGAAAGCGGUGACAGAGUUCAAUUUACGGAGUAUAUACAGAAGAACGUGGCAUUGUAUCAAUUCCGUAACGGGAUCCCGUUGACAACCGCAGCUGCUGCGAAUUUCACUCGGGGCGAACUCGCCACUGCGUUGAGAAAGAGCCCAUACUUUGUUAACAUCCUUCUGGCUGGCUAUGACAAGGAGACUGGCCCAUCUUUGUACUACAUGGACUAUAUUGCCACCCUUCACAAGAUUGAGAAGGGAGCAUUUGGUUAUGGAUCCUAUUUUUCUCUGUCCAUGAUGGAUAGACACUACCACAGCGGAAUGUCAGUUGAAGAGGCAAUUGAUUUGGUUGACAAAUGCAUAGUGGAGAUUCGAUCCAGGCUGGUUGUGGCACCCCCAAAUUUUGUCAUCAAAAUCGUUGAUAAAGAUGGUGCAAGGGAGUACGCCUGGCGUGAAUCCAUCAAAGAUGCCGCUGCUCUUCCUCCUACUACUGCCUGAACUGCUUAUGGUUUUGGUUGGAGACCACUCCAUUUCCUUUUUCCUUCCAUUCAACAUGGGGGAUUGCUUUGUUUUUCAUGGGACUUAAUGACGUUCUUUAUUUCGUUGCUGUUGGAACUGAUGACAUGUAUACACACAUUCUAGUAUUCAAGCGUUUGAGAGGUUUUGACAAUUGACA